ACGUUUUCUGUGCUCAGACGAUACGUUUGCGACGCUUUCCUCCAGUCGGACGGACAUUGCGAAACGGACAGUGAGUUAGACCAGUUUUUGUGGCCAGUGACUUCGCGUUGAAGGGUGCCGCAUGUUUAUUUUCUCUAUGUGCCCGAUUCGUGUGUAAGUCCAACAACCAAAACAAAAUUAAAUCAAAAACAAGGAGCGGUGAAAGUCCAUAUACUUUACAGUUAACAUUGUACCUACGGAGAGAAUUCCCCACAAAAUGACGUCCAAAAAACAAUCUCGUUGGUACUUCGGCGGCCUAGCUUCGGCGGGUGCUGCUUGUUGCACUCAUCCAUUGGAUUUGAUAAAGGUGACACUGCAGACGCAGCAGGGCAAAUUGUCCGUGCUUCAGCUGGUUCCUAAAAUUAUACGCGAACAGGGAGUGCUCGCAUUCUAUAAUGGUCUCUCCGCCUCGAUGCUUCGCCAGCUUACCUAUUCAACGACACGCUUUGGAGUGUACGAGGUUGGCAAGCAACACAUCAGCACAGAUACAUUCCUUGGCAAGAUAGCUCUUGCUGGCAUGGCUGGACUCGCGGGCGGCAUAAUAGGCACCCCAGCUGAUAUGGUUAAUGUUCGCAUGCAGAAUGAUGUUAAGUUACCGGUGGAGCAGCGCAGAAACUACAAAAACGCAAUAGACGGACUGUACAAAGUGUAUCGGCAAGAAGGUUUUACGCGUCUUUUCUCUGGUGCCACAACGGCCACGGGUCGUGGCAUUAUGAUGACAAUUGGCCAGAUCGCUAUCUAUGAUCAGACCAAGGUAUAUUUGCUGUCAACGCCCUACUUUAAAGACAACUUGAUCACGCAUUUCACCGCCUCCCUGGUGGCCGGUACCAUCGCGACAACACUCACACAACCUCUAGAUGUGCUCAAGACACGAUCCAUGAACGCGAAGCCCGGCGAGUUUAACGGCCUAUGGGACAUUGUCAGGCAUACUGCUAAGCUGGGCCCACUUGGAUUCUUUAAGGGCUAUAUUCCCGCAUUUGUUCGGCUCGGCCCACAUACCAUUAUAACGUUCGUGUUUUUGGAGCAACUUCGUUUGAAUUUUGGAUUUGUGCCUCAGCCGAAGCCCACUGCAUCCUCAGCCGCCAUUUAAGGGUAUAAACCCUGUAAUUGGUUUCCUAUUUAGUCGCAAAUAGAUGCUGGAAGCCAUUGUUUUUUUUAAUUUAUAACUUUGCUGGCCAAAUUUGUUGAGUAACUUGAAUGCAAUACUUACAUUCCAGCUGCAAUGGGGCUACCAAACGUCGUGAACUGCAUAAUUAAGUAGAAACAGUUAUUUAAGCUUUUAUUGUUGCAAACAUACAUACGUACCGGAAUUGCUUUUAAAAAUAUAUUGAGCUCUAUCUAAAUACGUAUCUGUGCAUAUGCACUUACACGUUUAGAUACAUUUACCAUUUAUACUGACAAUUUUAUGUGUGCAUUAGAAAUAAUUGCAGUGUUGUUAAUUUUUUGUAAAUCUGUAUCUGUUGUUGCUUUAUUAAUUAAGACUGCUUUGCAAUAAAUGAAAUUUCAUGAAA